AUGAGUGCCUAUGUGCGGGAGACGGAGCCACUAGAAGAAGUUGCUGAGAUCGAGCAAGAAGCACCACUACAAGCCAGAAAACAAGCCGAAAAACAACAACAACGACAACAACAGCAACAAGAAAGUCCCUCCCUCUCCACCAAAGACCGGCCCCAUCUGCGAUCCCAUCUCAUCUCUCUAGUCCAAGGCAUGACCGACCUCAUCAACACCCGCGACUUCUCCUUCUCCUCGUGGGAACCCUUCCUGKCCCCUUCCUUCCGCGGAACGCCCGAUCCUCCCUUCCCACCCCUCAACGCGCCUCCCCGGGAAUACCUCGUAGGACUCCAGCAACGCAGUCUCGACAACCCGCACUGGCAGGUCCGGCCUCUGGAUUCUUCCACCCAAUUCCGUGGCAUGGAUGGCGAAGUCUUCCUCAAUUGUGAGGCGUUGGGCGUGCCGCAGGAGGGCAUCGUCACCAGGAGUUUUCUCGUCUUUACCUUUCGCGAGGGCAGGUGGGGCAAGAAGAGGGGUGUGUGGAGGUGUGUGGGCUUUGUGGGCGCGCACGGCGGGACGGGCUUGGAGGGCGUUGGGUAG